AUGAAACCACUCCUGUGCAGUUUGUUUAGCAGUGAGGUGAGAAUUGGUCACUCUCUGAGUGAAGCAGAGAGGCAGCAUUUGGCCAGAAGGAGAGAGACCAUUCUGCAGUGUCUGGAGCAGAAUGGUAUAUCCUGCAGUGAGGAUAAGGUACCUAACAUCGCAGUGCUGGGCUCUGGAGGAGGUUUGAGAGCGAUGGUUGGACUGCUGGGGUCCCUGUGUCAGCUGAAAGAAGAAGGACUGCUGGACUGCAUCAUGUACCUGUGUGGAGUUUCAGGAUCUACCUGGUGCAUGGCAUCAUUAUACAAAGAACCAGACUGGUCAACCAAAUUGGACUUGGUGAAAAACGACAUUGUCCAAAGGCUUGCUGAUGGCAGUGUGAGUUUGAAGGAAAUGGGUCAAAAGUUGGCAAAAUACUAUUCAGAAAAAGACCACUUCAGCCUGACAGAUGUGUGGUCGGCACUGAUUGUGUCUAACAUGGUGAAUGAGAUAGAUGAACAUAAGCUCACUGAGCAGAGGGGUAAAUACACCAAAGACCCAUAUCCUAUUUACACUGUGAUUGACAAGCAGUGUAAAUAUGACAGACUGAAUGCAGAUCCUUGGUUUGAGAUCACUCCAGAUGAGUCAGGUUAUUCUCUCUCUGGAGCCUUUGUGGAUUCCUCCUUUUUGGGAAGUGAGUUUGAGAAUGGAAAGAAUAUUAAGAAGCAGCCUGAGAUCGAUAUGCUGUACUUACAAGGCCUGUGUGGCAGUGUCCUCGCAGAUAUGGAGGUGAUCCUUAAGAAACUACAAGAACUAAUCACACUGGAAAGCGCUGACUCCAGUGUCUCUCAAUCAAAGACGAGAGAAUAUGAAGAUUCUGGACUGUUACUCAACUCACCCUAUUUCUCAGUGCUCAGGAAAGAACAAGACAUUGACCUUAUUAUUUCCCUUGACUUCAGUGAAGGAGAUCCUUUUAAGACGGUGGUUCAGACUGCUGAAAAGUGCAAAGACCUUCAGAUUCCUUUCCCUGAGGUUGUUCUACCUGCUAAAAACACAGAACCACAGGACUUCUAUGUGUUCAAGGGUUCCAGCGACGCUCCAACUGUGAUUCACAUCCCUCUGUUCAAUGCUGUUAACUGCAAAGGAGGAAUUAAGAAGUGGGUGAAAACAUAUUCCACUUUUCAAAUGAACUACAGUCGUGAAAUGAUCACAAAUCUUCUGGAGAAAGCUGGGUUAAACAUCAAAAACAACAAGGAGAAACUGCUCAAGGAGAUCGGAAAUGUCACUGGAUGA